CGCAGUCCCAAUGGUGUCUCAUCUUCAAUGUAUGGCAUCAACAUUGUUUACUUGAGGAACAAGCAAAAGAAAAGCCCUAAGCUCGCCGACCUCCUCUAAUGGCUUCGAGCUCUACUUCAUUCCCCUUAGCCACCGCGCCACCGCAGGGUGCAAGAUUUAACCGUAGAAAACCGGGUCUAACCGUGUUGGCCGCCAAACAGACCGGUUUUCAGCUCGGGAAAACCAAGAGCGAUGACUCGGAGGGAAAGCAAACAGAGAAAUCUCCAGGUUCGAACCCAUUUCGGUUCGAUUUCGGUAAGUUACCGGACAUGAAGUCGUUGAUACCGGUGGUUACGAACCCUUCGACCGGUUUAGCGUUUGGAAACACCAGAAGAAAAGAUCCCGGUACGGUUUUCGUGGCCGGUGCUACGGGACAAGCCGGUAUACGAAUCGCUCAAACGCUCUUGCAACGAGGAUAUAGCGUCCGAGCUGGCGUUCCUGAUCUUGGAGCCGCUCAGGACCUCGCUCGUGUGGCGGCUACUUAUAAGAUUCUAUCAAAGGAAGAGGUCAAGAGGCUAAACGCUGUUCAAUCACCAUUCCAAGACGCCGAAUCAAUCGCCAAAGCCAUUGGAAACGCGACCAAACUCGUGGUUACUGUUGGGGCGACAGAGAACGGCCCGGACGCUCAAGUCUCGACCUCAGACGCGUUACUCGUGGUCCAAGCUGCUGAGCUCGCCGGCGUAAGCCACGUGGCAAUCGUCUACGACGGUAGUAGCGUCAACGGAUCAACGUACAACGUGCUCGACGGGAUUACUUCCUUCUUCAGCAACUUGUUCUCUCAGUCUCAGCCGUUGACUAUCUCUGACCUCAUCGAGAAAGUAGCUCAAACUGACUUGGCGUACACGCUAAUUAAGACGAGCUUGACGGAAGAUUUCUCGCCGGAGAGAACUUAUAACGUCGUCGUUUCAGCUGAAGGAAGUAACAGCGGUAACGACAGCAGUUCGUCCGAGGCCUACAAAGUCCCAAAGUUGAAGAUCGCGUCGCUGGUUGCUGACAUUUUCGCUAACACGGCAGUGGCAGAAAAUAAGGUGGUGGAAGUUUCUACAGAUCCAUCAGCACCGUCGCGGCCAGUGGACGAGCUUUUCAGUGUGAUUCCGGAAGACGGGAGGAGGAAAGUGUAUGCAGAUGGGAUCGCAAGGGCAAAAGCGGAAGAAGAGGCGAAAGCCGCUGCUGAUAAGGCCCGAGAGGCAGCAGAAGCAGCAAAAGAAUUUGAGAAACAAAUGCAGAAGCUCUCUGAGAAAGAAGCAGAAGCUGCAAGCUUAGCUGAGGACGCGCAGCAGAAAGCUGAGGCCGUGGGAAUCACAGUGGACGGUCUAUUUAGCAAGGCUAAAGAUAUAGGCUCGGGUUUAUCCUGGAAUAAACUCGGGUCUCAGAUUGCUACCGCGGUUCAGAACGCUUCAGAGACGCCUAAAGUGCAGGUUGCUACGGUCAGAGGACAGGCAAAGGCUAGAAACUUGCCGCCCAAGAAAGCAGUGGUAAAACAGAGAAACGUGAACGUUAAACCCGCAGCUGCUGCGUUUGCGGCCAAACAGAAAGAAGAGCGCGUGAAUAAGCCAGAGAAAGAGGUGAGGAAAGUGUUUGGAGGACUGUUUAAGCAGGAGACCAUCUACGUCGAUGACGACUGAGAAAGUCAUAUGCCGUUUUGGAUUUCCGUACAGUUCUUUUGUCUUUCCUCUGUUUUCAAGUUAAAUUUCUGUAAUCAUAUUUAUAAAUCCAUUGUUCUCUCUUUGAAGCCUUAUGAGAACGAAACUAGUAAAUUUGAUUUGCAUCAAAAAAACAAUCUGAAA